AUGAUUCUUGCCGAAGAGCUUAAAAAACGUGGACAUACCGUAUGGCUUGGUGUACAUCGACGUUAUCAAGACAUAGUAAAAGCUGCUGGUAUCGAUACAGUUGAAAUCGGUGGUGAUCUAGAAUAUUUUUUAUCGACAACCCCAGAAGGAAUCGAACUUCGACGGAAUCCAAGUAUUCUAAAAAUGGGAUUAGUAAAACGUACAUUUCAACCAAUAAUUGAAGAAUGGUUUAAUGGAAUUCUGUCUGGUAUAAAAGAUGCUGAUCUAAUUGUUCUAACCGUUGCGUCUAUUUUUCCUGGAUUAAGUUGUAUUGAGAAAUUUCCUAAUAUUAGAGCAAUUGGAAUCUACACAUUUCCAGUGACACGAACAGCUCACUUUUCGCCGCCUGGUUUAGGUGGGAAAAGUGGUAGUUUGUUCAAUUGGACCAAUUUAAUGAAAUGGAAAAUAGUCGACUUUACUAUGUCAAGCAUUUAUAAUGAUAAACUCAAUGAACUUCGUGCCACUAAAGAUUUACCACCAAUGAAAUUAAAUUAUGAUCGAAUGACUCGAUCCCUCUUUCGUAAGCCAUUGGUAUCUGCAACGAUCUAUUCCAAAUAUUUACUACCAUGUCCAUCCGAUUGGUACGAAAAUGAUCAUAUGGUCGGUCCAAUACUUGAAAAAGAAAAUGAGAAUUUUCAACCACCAGCUCCUAUUCUUGACUUCUUGACCAAAUGGGAAAACGAAAAGAUUAUAUAUGUUGGUCUUGGAUCAAUGAUGGGUACCAUGUUUGGAGCAGAUGAACAAAUGGAAUUUAUACGCAAAAUUUUAUUGGCUCUUGAUAGAAAUAAUUGUAAAGCAGUUAUAUCAUUAGUUGGAUUUAAAAACAAAGAUGCCAGAAAGUUAUCCACUACUGAUAAUAUAUUUUAUUUGACACAUGCCAUUCCACAUUCUUGGCUAUUUCUUUAUAUGUCAGCGACAAUUCAUCAUGGUGGUGCCGGUACAACACAUACAAGUCUUUCGUAUGGAUUGCCUACAUUAGUAUUAUCUUUUGCAGCUGAUCAACCAUUUAACGGUGAUCGAAUAUUUAUCAAUAGAUUAGGACCAAGAUCUAUUCCCAUACGUCAAACCAAUGUGAAGAAUUUAACUAAUGCAAUUCGUGAUCUUAUGAUUGACAAUUAUAAUAUUUAUAAAACCAGUGCUAAAAAGAUUAGCGAAUUAAUUAAAAAUGAAGAUGGACUUAGUCAUUGUGUUCGUCUUAUAGAAGCAGAGCUAACAGAAUAA